UCCUCACGCAAUACACAAACAUGGGUAAAGUUGCCAAGUCGACCAAGAAGUUCCAAGCUAAGCACCUCAAGCACACGCUCGAGCACCGUAAAGAGGUGAAGAAGCACAAUCAGUUGUUCCAAGCGCGUCAGAAAAAGAAGAGAGGCAAGACCGGCGAGGAGGAGCCUUCCAAGCCAGUUACUCCGGCUACCAAGGAGGUGUUUGAUGACAUGUCCGUAGAACAGUUCUUUGAGGGCGGAUUUGAACUCCCUAAAGACACUUCUAAGAAGUCCAAAAAGGCAGUUGUUGAGGGGUCUGAUGAUGAGUCCUCCUCGGACGAGGAGGACCACGAGGAACAGUUAGAAAAGUUGGCCGAAAAAGAUCCAGAAUUCUACAAGUACCUCAAGAACAAUGACAAGGAGUUGUUGGAUUUCAAGCCAGUAAACCCAUUGGACGCUAUGAGCGAUGCAGAGUCCGAGGAGGAAGAAGAGGCUCCAAAAAAGAAGAAGGAAAUGGCUGACAAAACUGACGUCACGAUCGAGUUGGUACGCACCUGGGCACAAGACUUGGAGAAACCUAACGUGAAGCUCAUCAAGAACGUCGUCAUGGCGUUCAAGGCCGCCGUUCACAUCAACGAUGAGGAAGAGUACAAGUACACCGUGACCGACUCCGAUGCGUUCAAGGAGUUGAUGAUGCUCGUGUUGAAAAAGUUGCCACGCGCUGUGCAGAUCUUGGUACCGUACAAAAAGUCCAAGGCCGAGGUCAGAUCGAUCCCACAGAACAACAAACACGUGAAGGGCCUCGCGGUGGUGUUGAAGUCGCAUGCCGGGUCGCUCUUGACGCUUUUGAAGGACAUCACCAACACUGAGACCGCCGCGUUGGUUCUCUCUUCCGUCCAGGAAGUGUUCCCAUAUUUUCUCUCUCACAGGCGUUUGUUGAAGGAGAUUUUGUCCGCCGUCGUUGAUGUGUGGUCUACCACGAAGGACGUUGAGACCCAGAUCGCCGCCUUUGCCUUCUUGAACAAUGUUUCCCGCGAGUUCCCUAAGGCGAUCUUGGAGAACGUGUUGAAGUUCACCUAUUCCACCUUCAUCAAGAGAUGUCGCCAAACCAACGUGCAUAACAUGCCGAUGAUUAACUUUCAGAAAAACUCCGCCGCCGAGUUGUUUGGCAUUGACCAAAGCCUUGCGUACCAGGUGGGUUUUGAGUUCGUCAGACAGUUGGCCAUCCACUUGAGAAACAGUAUCAACCAGACCUCCAACGCCCAGGAGGGUUUCAAGGCUAUUUACAACUGGCAAUACUGCCACUCCUUGGACUUCUGGUCGCGUGUGCUCUCCCAGCACUGCAACCCAGACAAGGAGGCCUUGACCAAGGGCGAGUCGCCGUUGAGACAGUUGAUCUACCCGUUGGUACAGGUCACUUUGGGGGCCAUCCGCUUGAUCCCAACCGCGCAGUUCUUCCCGUUGAGAUUCUAUCUUAUCAGAUCCUUGAUCCGUUUGUCCCAAAAUACUGGAGUCUUUAUCCCUCUCUUCCCGUUGUUGAACGAGAUCCUCGCAUCCUCUGCCAUCACCAAAAACCCGAAGGCCACCUCUUUGCUGGCCUUUGAUUUUGAGUACAAUAUCAAGGCCAACGCUGCGUAUUUAGGCACCAAGGCCUACCAGGACGGUUUAUGUGAGCAAUUUGUCGACCUCACCGCCGAGUUCUUUGUCUUGUACUCCAAGAACAUUGCCUUCCCCGAGUUGGCCACCCCAGCCAUCAUCCAGUUGAGAAGAUAUAUCAAAAAGUCCAAGAACAUCAAGUUCAACAAGCAGUUGGGCCAAUUGGUUGAGAAGUUGAAUCAGAACGUCACUUUUGUAACGCAGCAGAGAGCCGACGUCGAGUACGGACCAAAUAACAGAACCGAGGUCAACCACUUCUUGGGCGAUUUUGAGUGGGAAAAGACCCCGUUGGGGACCUACGUCGUCGUCCAGAGACAGGUCAAGGAGGAGAGAGAGAGAAUCUUGAGAGAUUCCUUGCAACAAGAUGAGGAACAACGUCAGGCCCAGGCCGACGAAGAUGAGGAGGACAUCGAGUUGGGUGAGUCUGACGAAAGCGAGGAUGAGGAAUAAAGGCGAAGUCUCCUGUACACUAGAUAAACAAUGUUAUUUGAGGAAAUGUAGAGCGAUAGCGAGAGCGAGUGGUAACUCGAGUAAAUUCAAUUCGGU